CUUGCCUCCAGGAUAAACGAAGCCCCCAACGGCUUUCCGGAACAUCUUUUUGCCAAAUCUGGCAAGAACGUCGUAGGUGUCUUUGUCGGUGCUCAGUUUGAGAAGCCUACAGCUGCCGGAUUGAUUCGAGACUUUCUGGACAAUGCUGUGCUGGGAAAGUCCGAGCUCGGACGGGUUGCCGCUGAGAUCUGCGGCGGCGAACGCACCCCAAAUCCACAAACCUUUGGCGUGGUAGCUGGCCGUGCUGAGGAUCUAGGCGAUAUCCAAAGAUCACUGCGCCAGUGGAAUGAGGCCGGGUGUAUAUCUGCACCUCGCAACCGUCAAGGGUGGAAACAGACACUGCAAAUGAUACCAGCCACGGAUAUAGAUGUUGGCGUGAAUUCAGGUUCUACGAUCACUACAGCCAGCGCAAACACCGUGUCUGCUGCGGUCUGCGAGGCGAUCCAGGCGCAGCCGGGCGAUGGAUGCGAGGCCCUUGCAGACCGCUGCGGCAUCACCAUAGACGAGUUCGAAAGGUUCAAUCCCCGCCCUGACGGAAUAGAUGUAUGCAACCCCACAUUUGCCGGAGAGCACUACUGCUGCACUGAAGGUGAUCUGCCUGAUUUUUCACCUCAGCCGAACCCAGAUGGAACAUGCAAACGGUACACCAUUCAGCCCGAUGACAACUGCUCUAAGCUUGGUGAGACAUAUAACAUGGACAAUGAGCAGAUUGAAGAGCGCAACAAGAAUACCUGGGGCUGGAUGGGAUGUGGCUACCUCGUUAUUGGAAGCCGGAUCUGCCUGAGUAUAGGUGAUCCUCCAAUGCCUGCAGCAAUCUCAAAUGCGAUAUGUGGACCCCAAAAGCCUGGAACCCCGCAUCCGGAUGAUAUGAAUGAUCUAAUAAACCUUAACCCUUGUCCACUGAAAACAUGUUGUAACGUUUGGGGACAGUGCGGUAUUACCGAGGAGUUCUGCACCGAAGCCCCAUCAGACACUGGAGCGCCAGGUGCAGUGAUACCAGGGUCCAAUGGUUGCAUCUCGAGUUGCGGUAUCGAUAUAGUGAACAAUAACGAACCCCCACCCCGCUUCAUGAAAGUAGGGUAUUUCGAGGCUUGGAAUCCCGAUCGACCUUGUUUGCACAUUCAUCUAUCGUGGCUUUUCGCAACUGACAGAUUACACAAGCACUUCGCCUUCGCGGGGAUCACCGAGGACUUCGAAGUCGAUCUGCUCGGCCUAGAUGACAUCUUUGAAGAGUUCAAAGCAAUUCGAAUCGGCAAGCGAAUACUCUCGUUCGGCGGCUGGUCUUUCUCGACGGACUACGACUCCUUCCCCAUUUUUCGGGAGGGCGUAACACCCGCACAGCGGCAACGAUUCGCGGACAAUGUUGUCCAGUUUAUGCUGGACCACGAACUCGAUGGAGUCGAUUUCGACUGGGAAUAUCCUGGAGCACCCGAUAUUCCGGGUAUCCCCCCGGGAUCACCUGAAGACGGGCCUAACUACCUGGAGUUUCUUAAGCUUGUCAGGGGGCAAUUACCUGAGGGUAAAGAGCUUGGAAUUGCAGCUCCAGCCUCGUUCUGGUAUCUUCGCGGGUUCCCCAUCGCGGAAAUGAGCGAGGUGGUCGAUUACAUUAUUUAUAUGACUUAUGACUUGCAUGGGCAGUGGGAUUACGGCAAUGAAUGGGCCAUCGAAGGAUGCAGUGCCGGUGAUUGUCUCCGUUCUCAUGUCAAUCAGACGGAAGUCGAGUACUCCCUUUCCAUGGUGACCAAGGCAGGAGUCCCGGCGAGCAAGUUGAUUAUUGGAAUGGCGCUAUACGGGCGAAGCUUCCAAAUGGAGCAGGCUGGAUGCCACGGACCAGAUUGUCGCUUCACCGGGCCAGACUCUGGCGCCAGGGCGGGUCGCUGCACCGAAAGCAGCGGGUAUAUCUCCAAUUAUGAAAUUCGGCAAAUAAUAGCAUCCUCGGGCAACGCCCAGUGGAUCUCGGACGAUGCGGGGGGCGACUUACUGAUAUACGACGAUACUCAGUGGGUGUCCUGGAUGUCUGAAGACAACUAUAACGCACGUCUUGACUGGGUGCGAGGACUCAAUUUUGGAGGAACCUCGGAUUGGGCAGUCGACCUU